CUUGUCGCCAAGUUUUGCUGCCCAACUAUAAAUAUGUGCUGUGCUCAUGCACUCUUCAAUAUAAGUGUUUUGUGUAACUAAAACAAAAUAUGGGAAACCUCAAGUCUCUCGUUCUCUUGGCUUUGCUCUUUUCUUUCUCCGUCGCUGUUUUCGCGAACACAUCCAACGAUGCCACACACGAUGAAGUGAAGCCAAGUACUGAAGCAACCCAUGCCAUAGAGGCGCAAAAACAUGACGGUAAACCCCAGAUCGCGGAAGCCCAAGUUGAGGCCAAUGACCCUGUUGUAGAGCCCCAGCAAGACUGGGGUGGCCGUGGUGGUUGUAGGUGGGGAUGUUGCGGUGGGUGGUGGCGUGGACGGUGCAGAUACUGUUGCAGGAGUCAAGCCGAGGCCAGCGAGGUUGUGGAAACUGUUGAGCCCAACGAUGUUGAGCCUCAGCAGGGUGGCCGUGGUGGUGGCGGUGGUGGUGGCGGAGGCCGUGGUGGUUGUAGGUGGGGAUGUUGCGGUGGGUGGUGGCGUGGACGGUGCAGAUACUGUUGCAGGAGUCAAGCCGAGGCCAGCGAGGUUGUGGAAACUGUUGAGCCCAACGAUGUUGAGCCUCAGCAGGGUGGCCGUGGUGGUGGCGGUGGUGGUGGCGGAGGCCGUGGUGGUUGUAGGUGGGGAUGUUGCGGUGGGUGGUGGCGUGGACGGUGCAGAUACUGUUGCAGGAGUCAAGCCGAGGCCAGCGAGGUUGUGGAAACUGUUGAGCCCAACGAUGUUGAGCCUCAGCAGGGUGGCCGUGGUGGUGGCGGUGGUGGUGGCGGUGGCCGUGGUGGUUGUAGGUGGGGAUGUUGCGGUGGGUGGUGGCGUGGACGGUGCAGAUACUGUUGCAGGAGUCAAGCCGAGGCAAACGAGGUUGUGGAAACUGUUGAGGCCCAACAAGCUAAGCCAUGAAUUGCGUGUAAUACAAACUCUCUAUGUUUGUAUGCAUGCAUAGCUAAUUACCAUUACGUACGUAUGUCAAAAUAAAGCAAAAAUAGUACCUAAGAAGGUACCUAGAGGUCAAUAAAAGAAAACGUAGGUUCAUAUAAUAUGUAUUUUGUUAUGUAGUGUUUCUUUUCUCGUGGAUGUUAUAAAUAAUAACAACUGUUUUUUAAUUU